ACUGGGCUGCUAGAUUAAAAUAAACUUGGUCCAAGGCAGAAGCAAUCACGGAAGUGCCACGAGCUUCAAGAACACAGCAAACCAGCAACAAGAAGCGGACUGGGAUACCGCUACCCUAAAGAAAAGACAUGGACAUCCAGACUGGCCAAAUAGUGAGUACCCCGAGUACUCUGGAGAGCUUGGAGAAGCAGUUGAGCUGCCCCAUCUGCUUGGACAUGUUCACCAAGCCUGUGGUCAUUCUGCCCUGCCAGCACAAUCUUUGCCGCAGCUGCGCUAAUGACCUCUACGACUCCCGCAACCCCUACCACUUCUCGGGAGGCAUCUUCCGUUGCCCUACAUGCCGAUUCGAGGUGGUGCUGGACCGCCAUGGAGUCUAUGGGCUGCAGAGGAAUCUUCUUGUGGAGAACAUUAUUGACAUCUACAAGCAACAACUGGAAAAUGGUGGCGGUGGUGGUCUUGAGCCCCCCCUGAAAGACAAAGACACCAAAGAGCUAAUGUGCCAGGAGCACGAGGACGAGCGCAUCAACAUCUACUGUGUCACCUGCCAGGUCCCUACUUGCUCAAUGUGCAAGGUCUUUGGCCAACACAAGGACUGCGAAGUGUCCCCCCUGAAGAGUGUCUAUGAAGUCCAGAAGGCUGAGCUCAAAAACUCAGUGGACAUGCUAGCAGCUAGCAACAACUGCAUGCAAGCAAUGAUAGCCCAGCUGGAGGAUACCUGCAAGACCGUGGAGGAGAACAGUCAGCUGCAGAAGCAGAGGCUGGGAGAGAAGUUCGAUCUACUCUACGCCAUCCUGGAAGAGCGCAAGGCCCAACUCCUGGAUCACAUCACCCAGGAGCAGGACGAGAAAGUGGCAGUGGUGCAAUCUCUAGUUCAUCAGUACAAUGAGCAGCUGCAGGCCAGCACUAAGCUGAUGGACAGAGCCUCCCAGAGUAUGGACAACAACAACAUAGCUGAGUUCCUCAUCUCCGCAAAGAAGUUUAUCGCAGAGGCCAAGGACACAGCCAAGAAUUCCCAAAUCCAGAGGCCAGAACCUGGUUUUGAGAAAAUGGACCACUUCACAUUGUUCACUGAUGAUGUAGAGGCCAUGCUUGCAAAAAUGGACUUUGAAGCAGGUGAGGAGGAGGAGGAGGAGGAGGACUUUGAAGAGGAAGAGGAGGAGUGAGCAGUGAUGAACUUUUACAUUGGAGGCUAAUGACUAAAGUGUUUUGUGAGAAAAGGUUAGAAAAAGUGAUUUGACACACCCAUUGAUAUAUAAUCAAUCGGGAACAUGCUCUAGCUGCUUUUGGAAACUGUGACAAGCGUGUGCAAUCUCAGCAGUGUUUUUGUACAAAGACAAACUGCAUCAUUUCCACAUUUUCACUUGACUUUUAUACUUUUGUAUUUGUAUGAAUGUUCAUGUUUUAUUAUUUUUUGAUAUCUGCUAGUUUCCCACAGAUGACAAGGUUUACACUUGAAUAUUCUGUAUUAGAUUUGUUUGGUAACUGGCUUGCUGUAGAAUACAGCCGCACUAGUUAGGUUUUAGAGUGUCUCUCAAAAUGUUUGAAUACUUGAAAUGCUACUUUGUGCACUCAGCAAUUACUGUAAAGUUUUAUUUUCAUUGGAAAAUUCAGUGGGAAUAAAGAGUUUACAAAAAAAGA